AUGGUCGACUUACGACCCAACGUCGAAGACAUUCCCAACGACAUGACACCGCCAUCCAAUACAUUCUUUAACGAAGAAGAAGAGAAGAAGAAGAAGAAGAAGAAUGUCGUUGGCAGUAUUCGUUACACACAUUCCGAUUGUCUUGAUCAAUGGCUGACACACUCAGGCAAAAGCUUUUGUGAAUUAUGUGGCCAUGAAUUUACAUUUACACCACUUUAUGAUGCUAAUGCACCGGACAUUUUACCCUGGACAGAGCUUUUGGGCACAGGACUCAGUGUUUUACUGCUAAAAUGGCUACCAUUUGCUCUACGAGUCGUGCUCGUGCUAUUACUAUGGCUUGCAGUCGCUCCGUGGUGCACUAGCUGGCUCUAUCGUAUGUGGCUUUUACGUGCUUCGGCAAUGGUGAAUGUCAAUUUUCUGGAACGCUUUGAUGCGUCACAUAUUGUAACCGACAUUUUUUCAGGUCUUGUCCUGAUUGUGUCCAUUGUUUUUUCCUUCUUGGCUCUCAUGUCGUUUGCUGAUUUUUUACGAUUUCAUUUGGAUCAUAUUGAAGAAGAAAUGGCAGUGGAAGAGGUGCCUCCACAUCAUCAGCAUUGGCAACAUCGUCAUGAUGCCCAACAGAAUAUGAGACGUGCACAAUUUGGAGACGAUAAUCAUGAAGAAAACGUUGUAAUGGAGAAUGAACGACUGAGACUAGGGGCUAGAAGACUAAAUAAUGUGGACGAGAAUGUUGGAGCUGAUGACGACUCGUCGGAUGAAGAAGCGUGGGCCGAUCGGAACCAAGCAGAACCUUUUGUUGAUGUCUUGCAGCACCAAGAGCUUGAAAUGUUGCUACCUGGUGAAGACGCAGACCCAGUGCCAGAGCCACAACAGGAACUUCGACAACGCCGACCGCUGCGUGAUAUGCUGGAUGUGGAACAAGAACGAGGACGCAAUGGUGCUGCAGCAGCGGCACCAAGAGUUGCACGGAACCGUGUCGAUCCACCGUUGCCGAACAUGAACCAGCGCGAGUGGGAAGACGACUUUGAGCAUAUGGAGAUUAAUAUUGCGAUGGAUGAGCUUCUUGGACUACGUGGUGACUUUGUGGUACUAUUUCGCAAUGUGUCGUGGCUGUUGGCGUUCAACGGUGCCUAUCUCGGCUUAUUUGCAUUUAUUCCGUACACACUGGGGAGCACUUUGCUGUCUGCAGGGGCUAGAAUUGUUACGUCAUUACCGGUUGCUUCCACUGCGUUUUCCACUUUCACCACGCUUGAAUCUACCACUGACGAGGGAAUAUCGAUUGGAGCUUACCUUGUGAAGACGCUGCUGCGCUCGAUUGAGACGGCCAAGCAAAAUGGCGACUGCUUGCAGCUUGUAGAUUUGUGCACAUGCAUGGUGGGCUAUGUAUCUAUUUGCUUGACGAUUGUGCUGUGGAGAUUUAUGGUGAGGACUGCUUCUUCCUAUAUACAUCGUCCCCUCAUGGAUGGUCUGCUAUGGGCUCUACGCUGCUUGACGGCAAUCGUGAAGGUUUCGACGCUGUUGUUGCUAAAGAUGGUGAUUUUGCCAAUUAUUCUAGGAGUUUGCAUCGACUUUGCGACACUUCACUUGUUUAUGGUGUCCGCACAAGACCGCGUUGCAUUUUGCAUGGAGAACAUGAUCUGCUCGUUGAUGGUGCACUGGGUACUGGGCAUUACAUUUAUGCUUUUUGUAACGGUUUCUGUAUUGCAAAUGCGGGAAGUUGCCCACCCAGACAUCAUGGCUAAGGUUAUUCGACCACAAGAAGACCACCCGGAUCUCCUGCGUACACUGCUGAGUGAGAAGUGUAUGAAGCACGCUCGCCGUAUGAUUAUGUCGCUUGUGAUCUAUGCAGCGCUACUGCUAGUUCUCGUGCAUGUUCCUGUUCGUAUCGCGAGCGGGUUCGUGCCUUCAUUCUUCCCAUUAACACUUCGUUUCCAGCACUACAGCCCAGAGAUUCAAGUGCCAUUUGAGCUGCUUGCAGUCCACCUCGUUGUGCUUAGCGUGUUGGAGCACGCAAAGAAUGACAUUGGAAAGUUCCAACAUAUUGGAAUUGUGUUUGCGAGCGAGUGGUUGGGUUUGACGGAGUACCUGCUGCCACAAACGAAGUUAAACAUUGUUAUAAAUGGCCAGCGCAAGGUGUCGAAGGUAGUGGUAUUGCCACCACCACCACUCCACUUUCAUCCUCGCGCUCAGUUGCCUCCUGAGGAAUUGCGUGUCGAUGGCCACCGUUACUUGCCGUGGCCUGAGGAUGGUUUGGACGAUGCGCAAGCCAUUGAGUACCCGUUGCUCCCAAGAGAGAGGCCGUCUUACCUUUUGAUUCGACUAGCAGGAUUGGCAGUCUUUGCGUGGGCAUUGUGCGUCGUGGUGAUUGGGACAUUUUUGUUUGGAUCUCUUUACAUUGGGCGAAUUUGUAUGGGCCCAUUUGAGCGCGUGACUGGGAUCAGUCACGACCCGCUCGUGUUGGCAGCCGGCGUGCAAAUAGUCUGGUACUUUGUGAACAGCGUUCACGCUUUAAACAUUUUGAUGCUUCCAAAAGACCGAGUGGAUCAAACGCUAGUUCAACGCGGAUACUCUGUCCGUAAUAUGACGCCAGCGAAUGCAGUGACCAGUGCCGUGGGCUGGACGUUUGUGUGCCCAUAUCUGCUGGGUCAAAUAAUGUCCUCGUGCGUUGCGAGUGCAAGUGCUUCACCUGCGGAAAGUCUGUUGAUGGGCUAUUUGGUAUUUAAUCUGUUUGCAUGGGUGGUUUGUUGCUUCCGAACGAAGCGCAACAAUAGACGCCGUAAUGAGCGACAAGCAGCCAUUCAAGGGUUGGAGCCUGACGAGGUACGAUUUAUGGACGUGGACGAAGAAGACGAGCUGUUUGAGGAUGUUCAAAAUGAUGAUGAGCUGGAAGAAGAGGAAGAAGAACGGCAAUUGCAUGAGGUGGGCGCUGCUGGUGCCGUUGCUGCCGUUGCAGAACCGAUGGGCUUCAUUGCCUCGUUUCGCAAGUCGUAUCGUCAGCUCCUGUUCACCGUGACUGUACACGAAAACGAUGCCGUUCGACUACGCCGAGAUAACAUCCGGGAGAAGUGUUUCGAUGUGGUGUUUUUCCAGAAAAACGUAUUGCUGCCCAUUGUGACGUUCCUGAUUGGAAUGCUACUGGUGCCGUGGUUAUUGUCCUCCGCACUCUUGCUGGUAUAUCCGUCCGAGAAAGCAAGCUUUGAAAAGGCUGCAUUCGCAAUGUGCGCUUUUUGGGUUGGCACUGUGUUCAUCUUGGUUCGCUCGCACUCGUACAUGGUCCGAUGGCUGUCGAACUUGAGCGAGUCGAUUCGCAAUGAGCGUUAUCUGAUCGGCCGUCAGCUGCAAGACAUGGCUCGUUAG